AUGGAUGUUUUAAAGAACACGUUCUUCACACUACUCUUGAACUGGAUCAGCCGUGCCCUUGCGACCGAUCAGGGGUCGGGUAGUGUGGCCAUCGGCUUAGAGGCCGGGUACAGCACCCAGGGUGACCAGUGCGUUGCGGUCGGCAUCAACGCCGGCAAGACGGACCAGGGCACCGACAGUGUGGCGGUGAGUACGGGAGCCGGGAUGAAAUAUCAGGGCAUCAAUGCGGUUGCCGUAGGCCGUUCCGCGGGCCGCGAGCGCCAGCUCGAGCAGGGUGUGGAGGUGGGCAGAGAAGCCGGUGAAACUGACCAGGGGUCGCGGGCCGUGGCUGUGGGCAGCUCGGCGGGCCAGACGAGCCAGAGCGAGUGUGCGAUUGCCGUUAGCGACAACAGCGUUAGGCUUAACCAGGGAAGGUCGGCAAUUGCCAUGGGUGACAAUACCGGUGAGACUGCACAGGGUGAGUAUCGUGUGACCCUGGGGUCAAACUCGGGCAAGACUGACCAGGGUAUCAGUUCUAUUGCAGUGGGCGACCAGGCUGGGUUCGCGACCCAGGGGGUCAAGUCCGUAGCUAUCGGCUACCAGUGCGGGUACACAGACCAGGGUUUAGACGCCGUGGCCAUAGGCAAUAUCGCCGGCCACACGACCCAGGCCGACUUUACAGUGGCGGUGGGUACCCAGGCUGGUAGAUUGCGCCAGCUGCUGCAGGGCGUUGCCGUUGGUGCAAAUGCCGGUGAGGCAGACCAGGGUGUUCGCGCAGUGGCCGGCAAUGAUUCGCAAGGUAUCUCGGGGGUUGCUAUUGGUAAUAAUGCGGGUUCCAUCACCCAGAGCGAAAACGCAAUCGCGGUCGGGACAAAGUCCGGCUUCACCAUUCAGGGUAUGGAUGCAAUCGCCGUGGGUACCACAGCGGGCAGUGAAAACCAGGGCUCGAAUGCCGUGGCGCUCGGACGAACGGCUGGCGAGAUGUCUCGAUGGGGUAGCUAUAGGUAUGGAUACUGGCAAGACCAACCAGGGCCCGGUGCAAGCUCAGUGGCCAUAGGCAACAGCGCCGGCCACACGACCCAGGCCGACUUUACAGUGGCGGUGGGUACCCAGGCUGGUGGAUUGCGCCAGCUGCUGCAGGGCGUUGCCGUUGGUGCAAAUGCCGGUGAGGCAGACCAGGGUGUUCGCGCAGUGGCCGGCAAUGAUUCGCAAGGUAUCUCGGGGGUUGCUAUUGGUAAUAAUGCGGGUUCUAUCACCCAGAGCGAAAACGCAAUCGCGGUCGGGACAAAGGCCGGCUUCACCACUCAGGGUAUGGAUGCAAUCGCCGUGGGUACCACAGCGGGCAGUGAAAACCAGGGCUCGAAUGCCGUGGCGCUCGGACGAACGGCUGGCGAGAUGUCUCGAUGGGGUAGCGGUAUGCGGUCGCCAUUAGCAGCUUGGCUGGUCGGACCAACCAGGGUGCAAGCUAAGACCGGUGUGGCGCUCUUCAACGGGGUGGAUAACUUGUUUAUGGUUAAGCCGGUCCGCAACGCAGCGGGUCCCAAUGCGCUGACUUACAACCCUGCGACAGGCGGGAUUACAUACUCGACGUCGACCGCACAGACCCAGGAAAACAUAGUUGACUUUACACGCGACGCGGGCAGUAUCCUCGACCAGCUGGUGGUCAAGGAGUUUAUUGACGAUUGGUUGUCGGCUGAGAAGGCUAAGGGAGUGUCGCUCCCAGCGUUUGAAAACGAUACGGUGGUGGUUCAGCAGAUGUAUGCCGACUACGUGGCAAAGACUGCGAGUGUCCCUAAGGGGAUUGUAGACAAGAACGAGACAUACUUUGGGUUCAUGGCCGAAGAAUUGCAAACUGUGAUGCCCGAGCUCGUGUAUGACGACAUGAGUGGCAAGGCGCUAGACGUUAAGUGGAAUAAUAUUAUGGCACUACUAGUGGUAGAGAACCAGCGUUUGCGCGCAGAAAUGAGCACUCGGUUUGCGGCGAUUGAAGCUAAACUCGAAAGUUUCUAA